CACUCCUCCGUCUGCUCCUCUUUACAUUUUGAAUGGUUUCAGUUGUCCGGUCCGCUUCGAAGUGCAUCCAUGUCUUUGCUGUGGUUUGGCUGCAGCCAAAAGCAAGACAUCCAAUAUUGACAUGGAUUUUACAUUACUAUCUGACAAAGACUCGUCCUCUCUGACUCCCCCUUCAGCCUUCCACUCUCUCAUUCAUCUUUUCAUCGACUUCCCUGCAGCAGCCUUUCUUGGUUAAGUCUUUGGCGUGCCAGUCUGUGGCGCUGAAAAUGGCUCUGGACUGAUCCCAAGUGUGUCAUCUACGGUGGGCUGCUGCUGGUUACUGUGCUUGUUUGCUGCGUUGGUUGUGAAGAUGUGGAGCUGGAUUUUCACUGUGACUGCCCUGCUGUCCUCCAUGAAAAGGAUUGAAGCUCAGGGCAGGUGUAAUAAUGUGCAAGCAGCAGAUAUUGUUUUCCUGGUUGACGGGUCUUCCAGCAUUGGCCGAGCUAACUUCCUGCAGGUGAAACGCUUCAUGGCUGGGGUCGUCAAGCCGUUCGUCAGCUCUGUCAGCGAGUCAGGGAUACGGUUUGGGGUCAUACAGUACAGCGACACCUCAAGGGUUGAAUUUACAUUUAGCACCUACCUGGUUGGCACCGAGCUGGUCAACGCUGUAGAGAGUCUGAACUAUAAGGGCGGGAACACACGGACUGGUGCUGGUCUCAAGUUUGUCGCUGAUAACUUCUUCAAUCCUACGACCAGUCGGGAUGUACCAAAGAUCACUAUCCUCAUAACAGACGGAAAGUCACAAGACAGUGUGGAAGAGCCAGCACAGAAGCUGCGCAGUCAAGGAGUCCAUGUAUUUGCAGUUGGUAUAAAGAGCGCGGACAGGAAGGAAUUGGCUCAGAUCGCCUCUCAGCCCAGCGGUGAUUUCACCUCCUUUGUCGGGGACUUCAAACUGCUGAACACACUUCUUCCCCUUGUGAGCCCUAAGGUCUGUUCCAAAGCCGGAGGGGUCUAUGCUAGCGAUGAGGCCUUUUCUGGUCCGUCCAACAUACAGUUCACCGGCCAAACGUCUGAUACUCUGCGGUUCCGCUGGGGUGCGGCACGGGGGCCAUUGACUGGCUACUUGGUCCAGUAUGUGCCACUCUCUGGUCUGGGUCAACCUAUCACAGCAGAGCUGCGUCAGGAAACUGUCUCUGCCAGUCAGAGGACCUUUACCGCACAAGAGCUGAGGUCUGGAACCGACUACCUGGUGACUGUCAUUGCUCAGUACCCCAACAGUGUUGGGGAGUCUGUUUCUGGCAAGCAACAAACCAGGUCUUUGCCAGCGGUCACCAGCCUGCGCCUGGUCCAGGCAGGCUUCUUCUCCCUUUCUGUGGUCUGGGAUCAGCCUUCGUCUCCUGUGCAGGGCUACAGGCUCACCUACGGACCACGAGGUCAGCCAGCGUCUCAGUUGUUGGAGCAGUCUCUGUCGGCAGACUCCACAUCCAUCACCCUGGAGUCGCUUCAGCCCGACACGGAGUACGUGGUCAGCCUCUAUCCGCUGUUCCCUCGAAACUCUGCAUCCCCGUCCAUCCUCAACGCCCGCACACUGCGCCUCGAGGUCGUGCAGCAGCUGUCAGUGGAGACGGAGUCGGAGGGCAGCGUGCGGGUGCGGUGGAGAGGUGUCAAUGGUGCGCGGGCCUACCGACUGGUCUGGGGACCAAUUACAGGUCGAGAUGUCGAGACAGUGGAGGUUGCUGAUGAGUUUCAUACUCUGUCCAGACUGCAGUCUGACACCGAGUACAUCGUCACCAUCAUCCCGCUGUAUGAGGGCAACACUGAGGGCCCGGUAGCCACCGCCAGCUUCAAGAUAGAGCGUCAGGAGCAGCAGCUUCUCAGAGCAGCCACCAUCGGACCCUCCUCUAUUCGCCUCACGUGGAGGAUCAUUGAGUCAUCUCAAGGGUACCGCCUGGAAUGGAGAGCUGGGGAAGGAGGCCGUAUCCAGAGCCUGCCUUUUUCUAGAACGACUUCCAGCCAUGAGCUGACAGGCCUCCAGCCCAACACAGAAUACAUCAUCACGCUGUACACGCUGUUCGAAGGCCGGGAAGAGAACACGCCUGUCACCUUCAUAUCCAAAGAGGAACAGCCAGUGGGGAGGGUGUCCAACCUGAGAGUCGUGGAGACCCUGGGCAGCACGGUGAGACUCGGCUGGACAGGCGUAGCCGGGGCGACACAGUACCGCAUCAGCAUCCUGAACACAGAAGCGGGAUCAGAGGAAACACGGCGUAUUCCUGGUAACCAGACGACCCUUGACCUCAGAGACCUGAUAGUGGGCGUGCCUUAUGGUGUCAUCGUCGUAGCGCUAGUUGGAGAAAAUGAAGGAGACCCAGUUACUGUUUACAUCACACCAGAGCGAGAUGUUGGCAGAGUGACUAACCUUAGAGUGACGAACGCAAACAGUCGGAGGAUUCGAAUUGCCUGGGGAGGUGCUACAGGGGCAACAGGUUACAGGGUUACUUGGAGACAAGGCAACAAUGCAGAGCAGUCCCGUGUACUCGGAGCGGAUGUCACGGCCUUCACUAUCGACGGCCUGCAGCCAGACGAGGCGCUGGUGAUUGGUGUUGCAUCAAUGGUCGAUCAACGGGUUGGAGAGGUGGUCACGCUCUCUAGUCGGACCAAUCCGAACGGUGGAUCGGUGUCUGGCCUUCGCAUCGUUGACGUUACAUCUCAGAGGAUACGCAUUGCAUGGUCCCGUUCCACUAGGGCGACCGGGUAUAGGGUCACAUGGCGCCGCGCUGAUGGCGUCCAAUCAACUAAUAACGUGGACGCCGACGUCUCUUCCUUCACCAUUGAUGGGCUGCAGUCAGAUUCCGCCUACAGCAUAUUAGUUUCUUCACUGACUGGCAAUCGAGAGGGAAGUCCUUCCACCCUGAGUGUCAGAACAGAGUCGGAUCCGUCUGUGGUCGGGAGUGUGACGUCACUGAAAAUCCAGGAGGCCCGCGGAGAGGUUGUCCGGGUCACUUGGGUCGGUGUGCAGGGAGCGACGGCUUAUCGAGUGACUUGGAAGAGAACGGAUGGUGGUGAAGAGAGGAGUCAGCUGGUGGGGGGAGAUGUGACAGCAGUGGAUUUGGACCGAUUGGACCCUGGAGCACAAUAUGUGGUGCAGGUCAUGGCUUUGGUUCAAAACAGAGAGGGAUCCCCCGUGUCUGUCAGAAUCACCACACCUGGGAACCCCUCCCCCCCAGUGGCCACCAUAACUGUACGAGUGGCAGAGGUUACUCGGAAUUCUAUGCGGAUUGGCUGGAAUCCACUCGUUGGUGCCACGGGAUACAUUCUACGCUGGAGAGAGGAGACAGCGGUUGGCGGGGGCUCGUCCGUUACGCUCCCUGCAGCGUCCAGCUCUUACCAGGUGACCGGGCUGCGUUUGGGCCGUCGUUAUCGCUUUGCGGUGCAAGCCACCUUUCCAAAUGGAUUUGGAACUGAGAGCUCUGUUGUUGAACGCACUGCAGUUUGUGUGGGCGGGCGUCUGGAUGUGGUGUUUCUGGUUCCGGCAUCCACUGAUCGGAUUAGUCUUGCAAGCGCUCUGCGCCAACUGCUAACGAGUGCAGCAGGCUCGCUGGAAACUAUUGGAUCCGGCGACUCUCAGUUGGGAAUUGUAGUCUAUGGUUACAGGCCCAAAUUAUGGUUCCUGCUUAAUCGCCACGGCCGGUCUGACACUCUUCUCCAAGAGAUCCAGUCCACGCCAUUUGACGAAAGUCCCGGGAACAACAUUGGUGAGGCGGUGACAUACACCAGGCAGUACCUUCUGACCCCCUCAGCUGGACGGAGGCCGAGGGUCCCCGGUGCUGUCGUCAUCAUUGCUGACAAAACAUCAGCGGACAACCUGACUCUCGCAGCCAGCAGUCUCAGGGCUGCAGGUGUGACCGUGUUGGCAGUGGGUGUGGACCAGGCGAAUACCGAGGAGCUGCGUCGGGCAGUGACGGACGGCAGCCCCCAGAACGUCCUGUAUGCUCGUGAUGCAUCACAGUUGGACACCGUACAUUCAGAUCUCGCAGACUUGCUCUGUGGUAUCGCCAGAAUACCAGACGUAGAUCCAGGUCCAGAGCAGUGCACCGUUCAGUGUCCUCAGGGUGAAAGGGGAUAUCGUGGAGAAAAGGGUGAGAGAGGCAGAGACGGUUCAGAUGGGCGCAAGGGAGAUCCUGGCCGUGAUGGUCUGCCUGGGAGAGAAGGCCCCAGAGGACCUGAAGGACGCCCGGGUACACCGGGCCAAACUAUCCCCGUUGAACCCUCACUGGGGGUGAAAGGAGAAAAGGGGGAAAGAGGUUUUCCUGGCAUCGACGGAAGUGCAGGUUUGCCAGGACGACCAGGCUCACCUGGAUCCGCAGGGGUCCCGGGUUCACAGGGCCUGUCCGGAGUCAGAGGAGAUCCAGGUCAACCAGGUGGGACAGGGCCACUGGGGCCAAAGGGGACUAAAGGUGAAAGGGGUGAACCAGGCUCCGUUAUAUCAGGAGGGGGUCUUCCUGGGAGGAAAGGAGAGCCAGGCAUUCCCGGAAUACCAGGUACUCCUGGUCGGCCUGGCAGCGAUGGGACCAAAGGCGCCUUUGGAGCUCCGGGGACACCUGGUCAGGAUGGUCGCCCGGGUUUAUCAGGAACGCCAGGACUCUCCAUCAAGGGAGACAAGGGCAGCACAGGAGAUCGGGGACCUCCAGGGGUCGGAAGUGGGGUGGCCGUGAAGGGCGAGAAAGGCUCCCCAGGUGUCCCAGGACCUCCAGGGGCUCAGAGUCCUCGAGGGCCAUCAGGACCUCAAGGCAGCAAAGGAGACAAGGGCGAUAACGGCGAAGGGGUUCCUGGACUUCCUGGCAGACAAGGAGAUCCUGGGGACAGAGGUCCUCGUGGGCCUCCAGGUGAAAUUGGUACUAAGGGUGACCGAGGACAGCCAGGUGAGGCUGGAUUGCAGGGAGACAGGGGGGAGCGAGGACCAGCUGGUGAAACUGGGGCGAGAGGUGACUCGGGGAAGCCGGGCCUCGCAGGAGCAACAGGUUUAAGAGGCUUACCAGGACCCAGUGGAGCGGCAGGAGAAAAGGGAGCCGAGGGGGCACGAGGGGAGCCUGGCAGAAGUGGUCCAGGUAUUCCCGGGAAGAAAGGGGACCAGGGGGACCAAGGCCUGCCUGGUAAUGAUGGGGCGAGGGGAGUGAAGGGCGACGGCGGACAGAAAGGAGAGAAGGGGUCCUCAGGAUCAGGAGGGUCAGCUGUUGGAGUUAAAGGAGAGCCGGGAGAGAGAGGACUUGCUGGUAUCGGCGGAAGACCCGGCGCCAAGGGAGAUUCAGGUGAUCCAGGAGAGCGUGGGGACAAUGGGCGGCCAGGAAUCCCAGGAAAGGCUGGUCUCCCCGGGAAAGAGGGAGAAAGAGGAGAGAAGGGCGAUGAAGGCACACCUGGGGAGUCUGGACCUCCUGGGAAGCCAGGAGAACGAGGACUGAGGGGACUGGCUGGUCAGCCGGGUCGACCAGGAGAAAAAGGAGACAUGGGAGAUCCUGGAGAGCACGGACGAAAUGGCAGUCCUGGAUCCGCAGGACCAAGAGGAGAGAAAGGAGAACUGGGACCCCGAGGCCUUCCAGGACCACCAGGAAUAGUGGCCGACAUCAAGGGCCAGUUGAGAGGAGAGAGAGGAGAGAAGGGGGACAGUGGGGACCCAGGAGAGCACGGCGGAAAAGGUCAGAAAGGUGAAGCCGGCAUUCCUGGAGCCCCAGGCCUACGGGGUCCCGAGGGACAGCGGGGACCUGCAGGCACAAGAGGCGACGCAGGAGACAGAGGAGCACCUGGAGAAAAGGGAGAAAGGGGAAUAUCUGGCUUGGAUGGACGUCCCGGUCUGGAUGGUAAACCAGGUGCUGCUGGACCACCUGGUCUGAGGGGUGAUCCCGGGAAACAGGGGGAUCCCGGAAGAGACGGUUUACCAGGACUAAGAGGGGACCAGGGCCCCCCGGGGCCUGUUGGGCCUCUGGGCACCGCAGGGACACCUGGUAAAGCAGGUGAAGAUGGCAAACCUGGUUCUCCUGGCAAAACGGGCGAGGACGGUGUGCCGGGUGAAGAUGGGAGAAAGGGCGACAAAGGAGAUUCAGGAGCUGCAGGAAGAGAUGGCCGAGACGGGCAGAAAGGAGACCGGGGUCUUGCUGGGGCCGUCGGUCCCUCUGGCCCUUCUGGGCCCCCUGGAGGGCCCGGCAGCAUUGGUCCUCCUGGACAGGUGGUGUACGUUAAAGGAGUUGAAGCGGCACCAAUCCCCGGCCCGCAGGGGCCCCCGGGAACCCCUGGCGUGCCUGGGAUCCCUGGAGCUGUGGGAGUCCGAGGGGACAGAGGCCCAGCUGGCCUGAAAGGUGAAACUGGAGACCCAGGAGAGGACGGAGCGCCCGGCAAACCCGGCACAGCAGCGGAUGUACAAAAGGCUCUGGCCAAUCUUGGCAUUCAGGUGUUGGAUCUGAAGACCCUUGUGGACAAGAAGGACAUUCCACUGAUCCCCUUAGUGCAGAGGGCAGUGAAGGGGGACAAAGGAGACAGCGGUGAACCUGGACCGAGAGGACCGUCUGGUGCGGACGGUUCCCGCGGGUUUCAGGGAGAGAGAGGAGCAAAAGGGGAUCAAGGAGAGCGAGGACUCACAGGAGCAACUGGUCCUACAGGCAGAGCCAUUGGAGAGCCAGGGCCAGAGGGACCCCCGGGGCCCGCCGGAGAGUCAGGCAAACCGGGAAAACCGGGAGUUCCUGGGCGAGCUGGUGAACUAGGAGAGGCCGGAAGGCCGGGAGACAGGGGAGAUAGAGGAGACAAAGGGGACAAAGGAGAAGCUGGUAGAACUGGACUAACAGGAAUCGCUGGCCCACCUGGUCAAAAGGGAGCAUCAGCUGACUCUGUACUGAUUGGUACGCCUGGAACCAGAGGACCUCCAGGAGGUAUGGGACCGAAGGGAGAAGCCGGUGCUGCAGGAGCACCUGGAGCUCAAGGAGAACGGGGUUUUGCAGGCUCUCGUGGUGACAAAGGAGACAGAGGACAGUCUGGAGAACCAGGACGUGAUGGCUCACAGGGAUCACCCGGAGAACCAGGAAAACCGGGUCAGGAUGGGAAACCUGGCCCAACAGGGCCCGCUGGUCCUCGUGGCCAACCAGGAAACCCCGGAGAGCCUGGAAUUAGGGGGCCGACUGGCCCCAUGGGUCCCAACGGGCUUCCAGGUCCGCCAGGUGUGAAGGGUAAUCAAGGAGAUCCAGGCGUUGGCGUCAAGGGUCCUCCCGGGGCCCAGGGGAGCACAGGUCUGCCGGGACCAAUAGGGGCUCCAGGAGCUGUAGGUCCACAGGGCGCUCCAGGACUGUCGGGCCAGGUGGGGGAAUCAGGUAAACCAGGAGUCCCUGGAAGAGAUGGGGUGCCUGGCAAAGAAGGAAUACCUGGAUUACCAGGAAAGCAGGGCAUUGCCGGACCUCCAGGCCUCGCCGGCUUAAAGGGGGAGCAGGGAGACAGCGGCCCUCCGGGGAAGUCUGUGGCUGGACCCCCUGGACUCAAAGGAGAGCGGGGUCUUAGUGGUCAAACACUCCCAGGCACAACUGGAGAGCGAGGUCUACCUGGAGAAAAGGGUAACAGGGGAGACAAGGGAGCUGCUGCCAACAAGGGAGAGAGAGGAGUGGAUGGGGAACCAGGAGAGCCAGGAGAAGAUGGGUCACAGGGAUCUCCGGGGCCAAAGGGAGAUAAGGGAGAGAAAGGCAUCGGACAGUCAGGUCCUCCUGGUCAGGUUGGGCCUCAAGGCUUGAAGGGGGAUCAAGGCCUUCCUGGUCCAGCUGGUCCUCCCGGGCUUCAGGGGAAGCCUGGCAAUGCUGGGCAGCCUGGCCUGAGAGGAGAAACUGGACAACAAGGACCUCCUGGACCACCGGGGGAGAGGGGUCUCCAGGGCUUUGCGGGCCGUGCAGGAAAUGUCGGACCCCCUGGACCCGCUGGUCCUCCUGGACAGGCAGGCUCUCCUGGUACCAACGGGUUCAAAGGGGACAAGGGGGAGGUCGGCAUCGGAGGCCCCGGUCCCAGAGGAGAGAGAGGAGAACCAGGGCUGAGAGGAGAGGAGGGCCGCGCCGGCUUGGACGGGGAGAGAGGGCCGACGGGUCCUCCGGGGAAUCGUGGCGGUCGGGGAGAGAAGGGGGACAUUGGACUGCAAGGUGACAAAGGAGAGAAGGGGGACACGGUGCUGGUUGGAGGACCUGCUGGAGAAAAGGGCGCUAAAGGAGAAACAAGUGACAGGGGACCCAAAGGCGUGCAGGGAGAAAAAGGUGUAAAAGGUCAAGAAGGCCCUGGAGGGGAGCAGGGUCUGCAGGGGGAGCCUGGAGAAAGAGGAUCCAUUGGAUUCCCAGGGGCCCGUGGCCCUGGUGGACAAAAGGGAGAAGCCGGCCAACCUGGAGUACCUGGUGAAUCGGGUUUACGAGGAAAAGACGGGAUGCCAGGGCUGCGGGGGGAGAAGGGAGAGCUCGGUGUUGUAGGAAUGAGAGGAAUCAAGGGUGACCGAGGACCCAAGGGUGCUUGUGGAAAUGAUGGACAAAAAGGAGACAAGGGCGACGCUGGUAUUCAUGGGCGAUCCGGCUUACCAGGAAGAAAAGGUGAUCAGGGGGAACUCGGACCUUCUGGGGCCCCAGGGACACCUGGAAAAGAGGGACUAUUCGGUCCCAAGGGCGACCGCGGAUUUGACGGCCUGGCGGGACCCAAGGGAGCUCAGGGAGAGAAAGGUGAACGGGGUCCUUCUGGCGUGCCUGGUCCUCCUGGACCCAGAGGAGUGGAUGGGGCCCCGGGCCUGAGUGGGACUCAGGGACCAGCUGGUGCUAAAGGCCCAGAGGGGCUCCAGGGACAGAAGGGAGAGAGAGGUCCAAUCGGUCCUUCCUUGAUCGGUCCACGUGGUGUCCCAGGGAUCCCGGGGGAGCGAGGACAUCAGGGAGAUCUGGGACCAGAUGGAGCCAAGGGAGACAGAGGAGAGCCAGGCAUGACGGAGUAUGAGGUCAGAGAGUAUGUUCGCUCAGAGAUGAGUCAGCACUGUGCGUGUGGAGGUUCAGGCCCCGUAACUCGUUCCAAUCCCCCGGUCAGGGCUCGGCCUGCACCAGAGCAACAACUGGUCGUGAAGGGUGAGGAGGGCCGUGAGCUGCGUGUGGUGGUGAACACCAACGACCCCGACUACGAGCACAUCUACUCCAUCGAGGCCCUGGACGACCCCUCGGACGAGCUGCUCUACUUCCCUCCCGCUGCCAACCAGAGCGAUGGUGAGGUUGUCAAGGGUGAAACUGACAAAAAAGUCACAGUUGCACCAAACAAAUCAGCCAAAGCUGUUGUUAACAAAAGAGCUGAUGGUCAAAAAGCAGCCAAAGCUACACCUCUGAAAGCGGUCAAGUCCAAAUCAGUCAGAGUCAAGAGAAGAGUCAAAGGGGAAGCUCCAGCUGACGUGUGCCUUCUUCCCAUGGAGGAGGGGAACUGUGGACGAUACACUCUGCGCUGGUACUUUAACAGUCAGGUUCAGGCCUGCAGGCCCUUCAUCUACAGUGGAUGCGAAGGAAACGACAACCGCUUCCUCCACCUGGAGGAGUGCGAGGAGCUCUGCCUCGGGGAGGCUGAAGGUCCUCGUCCCUUGAAGACAGCCCGAUGAUCCAGGACAAGUUCUCCACAUCAUUAUUUUGUCAAAUGUUCAAGAUCUAUUUUUGUUUAUUUAUUGUCUCUGUAGAAGAGGGCAUUCCACAGUGCUUCCUUGCUUCAUGUUCUCAAAACCACGCGAAGACACAAUAGUAUUAUUUUGGUUGUUAUUGUUAGUACAUUUUUGUGCAGCAGUACAUUUGAACAUUAUUUCAGUGGACACAUCAGUACCUUCAGUCUGUUUCAUGCUGCACACAGAACAACUAACGGUACGUCUGUAUACAAAAAGGAUGCAAAACAAAUUGUUUGACUCAUGCGACAGUGUAGUGCAAAAGCCUUACGGAAAUGCUGAUAUUUUAAAAUUCUUUGUUUGUUUGAACUUGUAGGUCAUUCUAGGGCUGCAGUUGGUAGUAUAGUUCAGUCAUUAUUUGGGUUUCCAUGGAUCUGUCACUUCACUUAAUAUCAGAAAACUGAAAAGAAACAUCUCUCAGUUUGGAAGUGAUCGUGUAUUCUGUCAUCAUAGGUGCUGCUCAUUAGUUUGAAAAUACUCUUUCCACACUUCUAGAACGAUGUCUUCCAUUGGUUGAUCAUUAUGAGCACUUUGUUAUACCUCUUCAAAGGGUGCACAUUUUAUAGGACCCCAAUCUCAGGCACAAAACUCAACCUGGCCUCAAAGAUGAACUUAUUCCAUUGUGGAGAGCAAUGGUCACCGUGAGCUCACGUCUGUCCCAUUCUGGUGAAUGAGACAAACCCUUCAAGUUAAUUCCUUCAGACGUGACUGCUUAGUAAAAGACCACAACGCCAAGGCUGUAAUUUCCAUUAUACGGUACGUCCUUACAACACCCAGUGAAUGUUUUUACUGCAGUGCUCCUCGGGAGUUUAAAUUGACCUUUUUUGUUCUUUGAUCUUGAACUUUAAAUCAAAUACAAGUUUAAUAAGGAUAUUUUCACGAAAGCCUUGAAAAUACUGUACCUUCAAGUCACUCAAUACCAUCUGCAGAGAAUGAACGACUUUUACUUCAGGAGCCACGGAUGCCUGAAAUUGCUGCUUACACUUUGCAAGCACAACUGUACUGUGUUAUUAUUAUGGAGAUAGUUUUAUCAGUCAGUCACCUUCAAAGCCGCUCAUCCUUCAUGCGGGGGGCUGGAUUCAAUCCCAGCCAUAUAGUUUGUAUUACAUAUGAAGAAUCGAGGACCAUAUUCUACUAAUAUUUUGUACAUAUUGUAUUUUACCGUUUGGGGGAAGUCAUGUUUCUGACUGCAUGUUUACCUGCCAUAGAAAAGGUGCUAUUUUUAAAGGUAUUUUUAUUCUGUGUAUUGAAGACGGAACAGCGUGUUUUUGUGUGUCGCAAACUAUUCUGUUCCCGUAGUGUUAUGGAACAUUUUAAAAGACCUUUCUAAUAAACCAUAAGUUUGACUAAA